AAUCCGGUUACUCCGAAUGCCAUCACCCACGCUGUGUGACAUGAUGACAGUUAAAUAUUGCUGACAAGAUUGGAUGAGCGUUUUUCUGUUACAUUUUUACACCGUAAAGAGCAAUGGAGUUGAGUCACGCCGUUAUGUUACUCUGUCUUAUUGACGCUACUGUAGGAGUUCCUGCACAGAACUCAUUCCCGUCCCAGUGUUCAGUAACAUCCACCCUGCUGGACGUUCUGAAGAAUAAUGUGAAAGAUCUUAGGCAAAACGAUAAGAAGUUAGAAGACAAGUACGAUGAUCGACUGAAACGCUUGGAAGACAGGUACGAUGACAUGCUGGACAUCUUUAAGAACGACCUGAAAGAUCUGAAGCAGAACAAUAAGAAGUUAGAAAGCAGAUGCGAUGAUCUUGUGGACAAAUAUUCUAAGCUUCUACUGGCGACAACAACUUUACAGGUCAAAUUUGCAAACUUCACCGCAGAGAAUCAAGGUGGUAAGUUGCACUUUGUACAGAUGUCAUAUUCACUAUAG